CUGGUCCUGAGGAAACAGCACCGCGUGGUUGCCAAGCCUCCUGGUUAUUGAAACAUUUUUCCAAAUAACAGAAAGUAACACGAAUGUGGAGAAAUUCAGGUGACUCUGAUAUGGAAGACAGAAGACCUCAUCUGGAGGCCAGGCCCAGAAAUUCCUAUACCAGCCACAGAGGGCCUAUGGAUGGAGAAUUACCACCAAGAACUAGAAAUCAGGCCGGUAACUCACCAGCAAAUGCUCUCAGAGGAGGAGCCUACCAUCCUGGAAGGCAUCCUAGGGCCAACAGCCAUCCUGUUCCUUACCGGCAAAGGGAAGAGAGAUUUAGGGCCAUGGGCAGGAACCCACAUCAGGGAAGGAGGAAUCAGGAGGGACAUGCCAGCAAUGAAGCUAGAGGCCAAAGGCAUGAUCAGGGGAAUGACACUGGACAGAAAAAUGGCAACGAGGAGGGUAGGAAUCGCAGACCACCAUGGUCCAACGAAAACUUCCAGCAGUGGCGGACUCCCCACCAGAAGCCUAUAGAACAGCCACAGCAGGUGAAGAAACUGGGCUACAAGUUCUUAGAAAGUCUUCUGCAGAAAGACCCAUCUGAGGUUGUCAUCACACUUGCAACAAGUUUAGGACUAAAAGAGCUCCUGUCUCAUUCUGCCAUGAAAUCUAACUUCCUUGAGCUCAUCUGUCAAGUUCUUCGGAAGGCUUGCAGCUCCAAAAUGGACCGCCAAAGCAUUCUCCAUGUCCUGGGCAUACUGAAGAACUCCAAAUUCCUCAAAGUCUGCCUCCCUGCUUAUGUGGUAGGGAUGAUCACUCAACCCAUCCCUGACAUUCGAAACCAGUAUCCAGAACACAUAAGCAAUAUCAUCUCCCUCCUCCAGGACCUCGUAAGUGUCUUCCCCGCCAGCUCUGUGCAGGAAACUUCCAUGCUCAUUUCCCUCCUGCCGGCAUCUCUUAAUGCUCUGAGAGCCUCUGGUGUUGACAUAGAAGAGGAGACAGAGAAGAACCUGGAAAAGGUACAGACCAUCAUUGAACAUCUACAGGAAAAGAGGCGAGAGGGCACCUUGAGAGUGGAUACCUACACCCUAGUUCAACCUGAGGGAGAAGACCAUGUCGAGAGCUACCGGACCAUGCCCAUAUACCCAACCUACAAUGAAGUGCACUUGGAUGAGAGGCCCUUCCUUCGCCCCAACGUAAUUUCUGGAAAAUAUGACAGCACUGCUAUCUAUCUGGAUACCCAUUUCCGACUCCUGCGAGAAGAUUUUGUCAGACCUCUACGGGAAGGCAUUUUGGAACUUCUCCAAAGCUUCGAAGACCAGUGCCUGAGGAAGAGGAAGUUUGAUGACAUCCGAAUCUACUUUGAUACCAGGAUUAUCACUCCUGUGUGUUCAUCAUCGGGCAUUGUCUACAAAGUGCAGUUUGACACAAAACCACUGAAGUUUGUUCGCUGGCAGAAUUCUAAGCGAUUGCUCUAUGGGUCUUUGGUGUGCAUGUCCAAGGACAACUUUGAGACGUUUCUUUUUGCCACUGUGUCUAACCGGGAACAGGAAGAUCUCUGCCGAGGAAUUGUCCAGCUCUGCUUCAAUGAGCAGAGUCAACAGCUGCUAGCAGAGGUCCAGCCCUCUGACUCUUUCCUCAUGGUGGAAACAACUGCAUACUUUGAGGCCUACAGACACGUCCUGGAAGGACUCCAAGAGGUCCAGGAGGAAGAUGUCCCCUUUCAGAGGAACAUCGUGGAGUGUGACACUCAAGUGAUGGAGCCAAGAUACUUGCUAAUGGGGGGCAGAUAUGAUUUUACCCCCUUAAUAGAGAAUCCUUCAGCCACUGGCGAAUUUCUGAGGAGUAUCAAGGGCUUGAGACAUCCAAGAAUUAAUGUCUUAGACCCUACCCAGUGGCCCUCAAAAGAGGCCCUGAAGCUGGAUGACUCCCAGAUGGAAGCCUUGCAGUUUGCUCUCACAAGGGAACUGGCUAUUAUUCAAGGACCUCCUGGAACAGGCAAAACUUAUGUGGGUCUAAAAAUUGUCCAGGCCCUUCUAACCAACGAGUCUGUUUGGCAAAUUAGCCUCCAGAGAUUUCCCAUCUUGGUUGUGUGUUACACUAAUCAUGCUCUGGACCAGUUUCUGGAAGGCAUCUACAAGUGUCAGAAGCCCAGCAUCGUGCGCGUAGGUGGACGGAGCAGCAGUGAAAUCCUGAAGCAGUUCACCCUGAGGGAGCUGAGGAACAAGCGGGAGUUCCGCCGCAACCUCCCCAUGCACCUCCGGAGGGCCUACAUGAGUAUCAUGACACAAAUGAAGGAGUCAGAGCAAGAGCUUCACGAAGGAGCACAGACCCUGGAGUGCACCAUGCACGGCGUCCUGCGGGAACAGCACUUGGAGAAGUACAUCUCCCCCAAGCACUGGGAAAGCCUCAUGAAUGGGCCCGUGCAGGACAGCGAAUGGGUUUACUUCCAACGCUACAAGCAUUCCAUGAUGCUAGAGUGGCUGGGUCUUGGUGUCGGUUCCUUCACCCAAAGUGUCCCUUCAGCAGGACCUGAGAAUACAGCCCAGGCAGAAGGGGAGGAGGAGGAAGAAGGAGAGGAAGAGGGCUCACUGAUUGAGAUCGCGGAGGAAGCUGACCUGAUUCAAGCAGACCGGGUGAUUGAGGAGGAAGAGGUGGUGAGGCCUCGACGGUGGAAGAAGGAGGAGAAUGGGGCAGACCAGGAGCUGGCUAAAAUACUUCUGGCCCUGAGGCUAGACCACUAUAGCCCUGGAACAGCAGCUGGGCAGAAGCAAGCCACAGGAGAGUGGGAGACUCAGCGCAACCAGAAAAAGAAAAUGAAGAAGAAAGUGAAGGUUGAGCUCCGCAAGCUGAACACCAUGACCGAGGCCGAGGCCAGUGAGAUCCAGGACGUUUGGCAGCUGGACCUCAAUUCUCGAUGGCAACUUUAUAGGCUGUGGCUACAGAUGUACCAGGCUGACACCCGCCGGAAGAUCCUUAGCUAUGAACGCCAAUACCACACAUCAGCAGAAAGAAUGGCUGAGUUGAGACUCCAGGAAGACCUGCACAUCCUUAAAGAUGCCCAGGUUGUAGGAAUGACAACCACAGGUGCUGCCAAGUACCGCCAGAUCCUCCAGAAGGUGGAGCCCCGUAUUGUCAUUGUGGAGGAAGCUGCUGAAGUCCUUGAGGCCCACACCAUUGCCACCUUGAGCAAAGCAUGUCAGCACCUCAUUCUGAUUGGGGACCAUCAGCAGCUGCGUCCCAGUGCCAAUGUGUAUGAUCUGGCCAAGAACUUCAAUCUUGAGGUGUCCCUUUUUGAACGGCUGGUGAAAGUAAACAUCCCCUUUGUCCGUCUGAAUUACCAGCACCGCAUGCGCCCCGAAAUUGCCCGCCUCUUGACCCCCCACAUUUACCAGGAUCUGGAGAAUCAUCCCUCUGUUCUCAAGUAUGAGAAGAUUAAGGGGGUAUCUUCCAACCUCUUCUUCAUCGAACACAACUUUCCUGAACAGGAAAUCCAAGAAGGCAAGAGCCACCAGAACCAGCACGAGGCUCACUUUGUGGUGGAGCUGUGCAAGUACUUCCUGUGCCAGGAGUACCUACCUUCCCAGGUCACCAUCCUCACCACCUACACUGGGCAGCUCUUCUGCCUGCGCAAACUCAUGCCUGCCAAGACAUUUGCUGGCGUGAAAGUCCAUGUUGUGGACAAAUACCAAGGGGAAGAAAAUGACAUCAUUCUCCUCUCGCUAGUGCGGAGCAACCCGGAAGGCAAAGUGGGCUUUCUGCAGAUCCCCAACCGCAUCUGCGUGGCCUUGUCCCGAGCCAAGAAGGGUAUGUACUGCAUCGGCAAUAUGCAGAUGCUGGCCAAGGUGCCCCUGUGGAGCAGGGUCAUCCACACCCUGAGGGAGAACCACCAGAUAGGCCCUGCGCUGCGGCUCUGCUGCCAGAACCACCCCGACACCCACACCCUGGUAUCCAAAGCCUCUGACUUCCAAAAAGUGCCCGAAGGAGGCUGCAGCCUACCCUGUGAGUUCCGGCUGGGCUGUGGGCAUGUCUGCACCCGUGCCUGCCACCCCUAUGACUCUUCACACAAGGAGUUCCAGUGCAUGAAGCCCUGCCAGAAGGUUGUCUGCCCAGACGGGCACCGGUGCCCCCUUGUUUGCUUCCAGGAGUGUCAGCCUUGUCAGGUGAAGGUGCCCAAAACCAUUCCUCGGUGCGGCCAUGAACAAAUGGUCCCUUGUUCCAUGACUGAGUCAGAUUUCUGUUGCCAGGAGCCCUGCCCCAAGUUUCUGAGAUGUGGGCACAAAUGCAGCCACCCAUGUGGUGAGGACUGUGUGCGGCUGUGUCCAGAAAUGGUCACAGUGAAACUCAAGUGUGGACACAGCCAACAGGUGAAGUGUGGUAAUGUGGAAGACCUCAUGUACGAUAUGCCAGUCGAGUGCACCACCAAGUGUAGCACCAUCUUGGACUGCGGGCAUCCGUGCCCUGGCUCCUGCCACAGCUGCUUCGAAGGGCGCUUCCAUGAGCGCUGCCAGCAGCCCUGCAAGCGCCCGCUCAUCUGCUCACACAAGUGCCAGGAACCAUGCAUUGGGGAGUGCCCGCCCUGCCAGCGGACCUGUCAGAACCGCUGUGUCCACAGCCAGUGCAAGAAGAAGUGUGGGGAGCUGUGCAGCCCCUGUGUGGAGCCCUGUGUCUGGCGCUGCCAGCACUAUCAGUGCACCAAACUCUGCUCUGAGCCCUGCAACCGACCCCCGUGCUAUGUGCCUUGUACUAAGCUGCUGACUUGCGGCCACCACUGCAUUGGUCUCUGUGGGGAGCCAUGUCCCAAGAAAUGCCGUGUCUGCCACAUGGAAGAGGUCACCCAGAUCUUCUUUGGCUUUGAGGAUGAGCCUGAUGCCCGCUUUGUGCAGCUAGAAGACUGCAGCCACAUCUUUGAGGUGCAAGCCCUGGACCGCUACAUGAAUGAGCAGAAAGAUGAUGAAGUCGCCAUCAAGUUGAAGGUCUGCCCAAUCUGCCAGGUACCGAUCCGCAAAAACCUGAGGUAUGGAGCUAGCAUCAAACAGCGGCUAGAAGAGAUAGAAAUCAUCAAGGAGAAGAUCCAGGGCUCAGCAGGGGAAAUCGCAACCAGCCAGGAGCAACUGCAGGCCCUGCUGGAGAGGAAGAAUAUCCUCUACCAGCUGCUUCCCAACGAUUUCCUAAUGUUGAAGGAGAAGCUAGCCCAGAAGAAUUUGUCGGUGAAGGACCUGGGCCUGGUUGAGAAUUACAUCAGCUUCUAUGACCACCUGGCCAACCUGUGGGAGUCCCUCAAAAAGGUGCAGGUCUCAGAGCAAACAAGAGUGAGGACUCGACUCAACCAGGUCCACGAGUGGCUGGCCAAGAAGCGCUUGAGCUUCACUAGCCAGGAACUCAGUGACCUCCAGAGUGAGAUCCAGAGGCUCACAUACCUGGUGAACCUCCUUGCCCGCUGCAAGAUGGCCGAGGGGAAGGUGAGAGGUAGCGUAGCAGAAGAGGUCCGCAGUGUCCGGAACAUCCUUGAGAAAACCUGUAAGUUCACCCAGGUGGAUGAGCAGCUUGUGCAGAAGAAGCUGGAAGCCCUGAAAGCUACCCUUCCCUGCUCUGGCCUGGGCAUCUCAGAGGAAGAGCGAGUGCAGAUUGUCAGCGCCAUGGGCUAUCCUCGUGGUCACUGGUUCAAGUGCCCCAACGGCCACAUCUAUGUGAUCAGUGAUUGCGGGGGUGCCAUGGAGAGGGGCAUGUGUCCUGACUGCAAGGAGGUGAUUGGCGGCACAAACCACACUCUGGAAAGAAGCAACCAGCUCGCUUCUGAGAUGGAUGGGGCCCAGCAUGCCGCCUGGUCCGACACAGCCAACAACCUGAUGAACUUCGAGGAGAUCCGCAGGAUGAUGUAGGGAGACGGUGCGCCGCCUUCUGUCCUGGCCGCUGUCUGGCUGGUGGGGUCAGCUCCCUUAUGAAGGAACAAGGUGUGUUUCUUCCUGUCCUUUAGUCUUAGCACCUAUGUAAGGGUCUACUUCUCGGGCCUGCCCACAUGUUUCUAGAGUUACCCUGCGCUAGAGUAAGCACUUUACCUCCAGAACUGAGAGCCAACUUAACAGGUCUCACUUCUUUCUCUCCUGCAAGCUAGUGGACAGACUCCCUGGAACAUGUUUUGGGGCUUCCACGUGGGGCACCUGGUGGUAUCUCUGGGUCCUGAUUUGGUCAGAUGUUUCUUCUGCAGUUUCCAGGAACAGUAUGAGCUUGGUGAAGCUGAUUCUGGUUGCCAGACCCUAAUUUGCAUACUGACAUUUCAUCCUAACCAUCAGAAGCCCAGAGGGGUUGCUUAUGAACUGCUUAUCCCUUCAAGGAGCACAAGAACCUCCCCCACUCUCCUCCCCACUGCAGGAGGUGGAGGCGUGUGAUGAGACUUCAACUCACCCUGACCCAGUUACAUACUCACUGAGAAUGGCAAGAGUGGGACUGCCGACAACUGGGGCUUAAGCUGCAGGCCCGAGCCAACUGAGUGGCCCCUGUACCCUUCCCUAUGACCUGCACUUUGGGAGGGGGAAGGUUUCUGGACCUGCCAGAGGAGAGAUUUGAUAGCGCUGCUGGUUCCCCAGGGUCUUGAGUGGAGCUACACUCAUACUCAGUACCAGUAGCACAUAGCCCAAGCGUGACCCCUCACCCCAACACCCUCUUGCAGCUUUUGCCUGGGCAGGGUUAGCAUGCCAGCAGCUUCUGCAGGCCCCGGCCCCAGGCCAGAAGCCAGCCCCAGGCCUGCUGCCUGCACACGCAUUCCCUUGGUCCAAUGUUCCUUAGAUCAGACACUUAGGUAUCUCAGGUCCUUUCUAAUGUUGGCAAGAUAAACACUCCUUUUCCUAUGUAUGCAUUUCCUUUUUUGUCUUUACUAUGCACUUUAGCCUAUAAAGCCAAUUAAUAAAAACGAUGAUUGAGAAGAGCACUGGUCCAUGUCUAUCUGCAACUUUUAGAAGCAGCUCAGAUAGCCCGAGGCAGGAUGGGGCCAGGGCAGACACUGCCCACAGUGAGGCCAGGAUUAUGUGUUUGUCGUCUGGGGUUUUUAUUUAGCUGAUUGAGUCGUUUCUACCCAUGAUUUUUAAAAAAAUUUUCAUCCUGUACAAAAGGGUCUACUUGAAGUUUCCUUCCCCAGAGGCAACACUGUAAACUUCAUGAGUCCUCCCAGAGAUAAUUUAUGCAUGUACUAUAGAUCUAUACCUAUAUUUUUUUAAAGUACAGUUUCUGCUUUCCAGCCUAAUAAACUACUUUAUGUAAAGCA